AUGACGGAUGGCCCCUGUGAGCACACCUCGCUCCUUCCCUCGGCCGAAGCGAACAGCGACUACCACCCCAAAAACACAAACAAUGUUUCUUUCUAUACUGCCAUUACGAUCUUCUUUCUCGCCAAUGCAGGAUUGGGGGCUGCUGUGCCGUCAACUACUAGUAUUCUGCAAGAUAUAAUAUGCGCCAGCCACUAUGCAACACAGCCACAACGGGUCGGAAUUGAUUGCCAGGCCGGACCCAUUCAGGCUAAGUUGACUAUGGUCAAGGGCUUGGCAAGUCUAUUACUACUCUUACCUGGCUGGUAUGGACAAACAUGGCCGGUCGAGUUAGUCUACGGCUCAUUCGUCUUCUACCUAAUAGGAGGCGGACCAGGUAUAGGCGGAUCGAUGCUAUUUGUUUUGGUAGCUAAUGCCUCGCCCUUAAAACGAAGGGCUUCCCGCUUCUUCUUAUUGGAAGCAUCCGGUUAUAUGGGCAGCAUUGUGGGAUACCUGGGAAGCUCAGCCAUCAUGGAUAAGACUGUCUGGACGCCCAUUAUUCUUGGCCUUAUCUCGGUUUUUCUGGCCUUCUGUCUCACGCUCAUUAUGCCGGAGCACUUCUCAAGUGAUUCGAAAAAAGAGCAGUCGCAAACAAUUGAGCCGCCAUCUGACACUGAUCCAAAAGAAGAAUCAGCUAUAUCACGGCUAUGCGCCUCCGCUGUAUUUUUAAAGCAGCAACCCCAUAUCCUGGUGCUUCUAUUCGGAUAUCUAUUGAGGUCCCUGGGCACUAGUGUCAUGCGACUAUUGAUUACCUAUGUACCCAAGAGAUUUCACAUGUCGUUCUCUCAGUUAAUCGGCGGUUUAGAAUGA